UUGGUCAAUUUCCUGAUGGAUUUGCCCUAGAUAUUUCUGCGGACUACCACCAUGAUUCAAUCUCUAUGCGCACAGAAGAAACCUCUGCACCUGAUUGUGGGUUAUGUCCAGUUUCUCUUAUUUCUGAUAUUAGAAAAUCCGUUUUUUCACUUGCUGUGAAUCAGGUGGAAGCACCAAAAUCUGUUAAUGCUCCCAGUUCAUUCUCUGAUGAGCCUAUGAUUGGUUCUGAUACCUAUUUUCAGAAGCACAAUCAACCUUCUGAUGAUGCCUUGAAAGCGAUAAAUAUUCCAAAUUAUGAUUCUGUCUAUGAAAAGGAAGAAGCCAAGGGAACUUGUUUUCCAUCCCUACCUAUGCAUCCAGAAGAAAUAUGUCCAGAAGAUGCAGAAGUGACACCUGAUCCUGAAAACAAGGAUAAGAAACUUUCAGUGAUGCAGCGCACCAUGCGCAAGAUUAAAAAGCCUAGGCAUGGGGAUAUGGCUUAUGAAGGGGAUAAUGAUUGGGGGGUUCUUAUGCAUGGGCAAGGUUUUAUGGAAAAUAAUUGUAUCCUGGAUGGAGAUCGGCCUUCUAGGAUCAAAGACAAGUCCAGAUCACCUUCAUUUAUGGUUUCGGAGGUUGACAAUGGCAUGGUAGCAGUGGCAGCUGGGUUGAAAGCUCAUGCAGCUGGUCCAGUUGAGAAAAUUAAACUCAGGGAGGUCCUAAAACGCAGAGGUGGGCUCCAAGAGUACCUGGAUUGCAGGAAUCUAAUCUUAGGCCUUUGGAGUAAAGAUAUGAGUCGCAUUUUACCUCUUGUAGAAUGUGGAGUUACUGAUGUUCCUUCUGAGGAUGAGACGCCACGUGCCUCCCUUAUUAGGCAAAUAUAUUCAUUUCUGGACCAGUGUGGUUAUAUCAAUGUAGGAAUAGCUUGUGAAAAGGAUAAAGCAGAACCUCAUGCUAAGGCACAUUAUAAACUUUCAGAGGAAAAGAUACAAAAUGAAAGGCUUGGGGCCGGCGUUGCUGAUUCGGAGGAUGGAGUGGCCUUCAUUCUUGGUCAGCUUAAGUGUUCUGAAAAUCUUAGGGAGAUGAAAAACUAUGUGUUAUUUGACGAUGCAAAACUGAUCUCAGAAGCCACCGAAGAUGGAAAACUACAAGUGUUGGGACCUGAGUUAUCCACUCUGGAGUCAGAAGAGCGCCAGGUUGAUAACGGCAAUGCCAAUGGUUUUGUGGAUGCUUUGAGCAUUGUUCCAUUUAGUGAUAUACUGGAUGGUGGACCAGAUUCAAUUUUAGCUACAGAGCAUAUAAGAGACUCAAGUGGGGUUAAAUCUGCUGUAAUCCACCCUGUAGAAGGAAAUGAUAGUAUGCAAUGUGAUUCAGAAAUUCGCAAGAGAAUUCUUGUUGUAGGAGCUGGCCCUGCUGGCUUGACUGCAGCUCGCCAUUUGCAGCGCCAAGGCUUCUCUGUUACAGUGCUUGAGGCUAGAAAUAGGAUGGGGGGUCGUGUUUAUACAGAUCGCUCAUCUCUUUCUGUCCCUGUGGAUCUUGGGGCAAGCAUUAUUACUGGUGUCGAGGCUGAUGUGGCGACUGAAAGAAGACCAGAUCCAUCCUCCUUGGUCUGUGCUCAGUUGGGCCUUGAGUUGACUGUAAUGAACAGCAACUGCCCAAUUUAUGACAUUGUAACAGGCCAGAAAGUUCCCGCAGAUUUGGAUGAUGCUCUUGAAGCAGAGUUUAACAGCCUUGUUGAAGAUGACAUGUUGGUUCUUGUUGCUCAGAAGGGCGAACUUGCAAUGAGAAUGUCACUUGAGGAUGGGUUGGAAUAUGCUCUAAAGACGCGCCGUAUGAUUCGAUCAGUAGUUUCAGAUGCUGAAAAUUUUGAAUUGCAUACUUCAGUAAAUGCUUCCACUGAAACUGGAACAUAUUCUCUCACUAAUGAACACCUGGAUAAAACCAAGUCUAAAGAUGAGAUUUUAAAUCCUCUUGAAAGGAGAGUAAUGGAUUGGCAUUUCGCCCACUUGGAGUAUGGUUGUGCUACUUUGCUCAAGGCAGUGUCUCUUCCUUACUGGAAUCAGGAUGACAUUUAUGGAGGAUUUGGAGGGGCCCAUUGUAUGAUCAAAGGGGGUUACAGCACUGUCAUUGAAUCUUUAGGAAAAGGGCACAAUGUUCUCUUUAAUCAUGCGGUGACGGCAAUCUUUUAUUGCACAGGGGACUCUAGAGAAAAUAGUGAAAAUUUGAGCAAAGUCAAAGUAUCCACAUCAAAUGGUGGUGAGUUUGUCGGAGAUGCGGUUUUGAUCACCGUGCCUUUGGGGUGCUUAAAAGCAAAUACCAUAAAAUUUUCUCCACCCCUACCAGAUUGGAAAGAGUCUUCUAUCCAACGGCUUGGCUUUGGUAUUCUUAAUAAAGUGGUCUUAGAAUUUCCAGAAGUCUUUUGGGAUGAUACUGUUGAUUACUUUGGAGCAACUGCUGAGGAAACAGAUCGACGGGGCCAGUACUUUAUGUUCUGGAAUGUGAAGAAGACUGUGGGAGCUCCUGUUCUGAUAGCCCUUGUGGUUGGUAAGGCAGCAUUGGAUGGUCAAAAUUUGAGCUCAUCCUAUUAUGUGAAUCAUGCUGUAAUGGUUCUUCGUAAACUUUUUGGGGAGGUCUCAGUACCUGACCCAGUUGCAUCAGUAGUAACAAAUUGGGGCAAGGAUCCUUUUAGCCGGGGUGCUUACUCCUAUGUUGCUGUUGGAUCAUCAGGGGAGGACUAUGACAUCUUGGGUAGGCCUGUUGAGAACCGUUUAUUUUUUGCUGGUGAAGCUACCUGCAAGGAAUAUCCAGACACUGUAGGUGGUGCGAUGAUGAGCGGGCUACGAGAGGCUGUACGGAUAAUUGACAUCUUGAGUACUGGAAAUGAUUACACAGCAGAAGUGGAAGCAAUGGAAGCUGCACUGAGACAGUCAGACGGUGAAACAAAUGAAGUUCGAGACAUGUUGAAGAGAAUUGAUGCGGUUCAACACUCUGGUGUCCUAUACAAGAACCCAUUGGCUGAAGUACAGAUGUUGACCAAGGAGGCUUUGCUAAAGGAUAUGUUCUCUAAUGCUAAGACUGCUGCAGGACGUUUACACUUAGCUAAGGAGUUGCUGAAUCUUCCUGUUGAAGUUCUGAAAUCCGUUGCUGGGACUAGAGAAGGCCUUAGCACACUCAACUCAUGGAUACUGGAUUCAAUGGGAAAAGCUGGGACUCAACUGCUGCGACAUUGUGUUCGCUUGCUUGUGCUUGUGUCAACUGAUCUACUUGCUGUACGUUUAUCAGGUAUCGGAAGGACAGUGAAGGAGAAAGUCUGUGUACAUACGAGCCGUGACAUUCGUGCUGUGGCAAGCCAGUUGGUCAGCAUGUGGAUUGAAGUGUUCCGCAAGGAAAAGGCUUCUAAUGGUGGACUGAAAUUACUAAGGCAAGCAACUGCUUUGGAUUCAUCAAAGACAAAGUCGUCAAAAUAUUUAAGUUCAGGAAAACCACCUUUACGCACUACUCAUGGCACACCUGAUAAUAAAGGUGCCAUGCAGGUUCCUUCAGCAGGAGGAAGUCAUUCUCCUUCCAAUGUAAAUAACAAAAACAAUAAGAAGCCGAGCUGCAAAUCGUCCAAAUUGGAAACAGUUACUGACUCAAAAUCAGAGGUUUCAUCACGAUCAGAAGAUGUUGUACAGGGGUUAGAUUUUAAGGUUGAUGACAGCAGUGCUGCCAUGUCUGAAGAAGAAGCGGCUGCCUUUGCUGCUGCUGAAGCUGCUCGUGCUGCUGCUCUUGCAGCUGCAGAGGCAUAUGCAUCUUCAGAAGCAGAAUGCUGUAGAUUACGUGAGCUUCCGAAGAUACCAUCAUUUCACAAAUAUGCCAGACGAGAACAAUAUGAUGCCCAGAUGGAUGACUCAGAUCUUCAGAGAAAAAAGUGGUCUGGGGAUGUUUUGGUAAGGCAAGAUUGUAUAUCAGAAAUAGACUCUAAGAAUUGCAAAGUUAGGAACUGGUCUGUAGAUUUCUCUGCCACCUGUGCCAACCUUGACAGUACGAAAAUGUCGGUUGACGACUAUUCUCAAAGGAGCUUCUCAAAUGACGUUGCAUACCAGCUGAAUCUCAGAGAGCAUUCAGGGGAAAGUGUAGCCGUUGAUAGUAGCUUUUCAAAAGCAUGGGUUGACACUGCCGGGAGUGGAGGGGUGAAGGACUAUCAUGCCAUUGAGAGGUGGCAGUCCCAAGCAGAAGCUGCUGAUUCCGAUUUCUAUCAUUCAACUGGACACAUAAGGGAUAAAGAGGACUCAAACACAGUGAUGAAACUACACUCUGGAAAGCAUGAGAGACGGGAAGAAGAAAGCUCUGCUUCACAACUCUCUGAAAGCAAGUUGUUGGGGAAAAAUCAGCGAAGAGGAGUGGAGUGUAUUAAACAGGCUGUUGUCGAUUACGUGGCAUCAUUGCUCAUGCCUCUCUAUACAGCAAGGAAGAUUGAUAAGGAAGCUUACAAGUCAAUAAUGAAGAAAAGUGCAACUAAGGUUAUGGAGCAGACUACAGAUGCAGAGAAAGCAAUGUCUGUUUCUGAGUUUCUUGACUUGAAGAGGAGGAAUAAGAUUCGUUCCUUUGUGGACAAGUUGAUUGAGAAGCAUAUGGCGAUGAACUCAGUUGCGAAAUUAUGAGUCUCAGGACAAAUGGGAUGGCCAUGUUUUAAUGGGCACCUUUUUUUGUAAUACAUGGAGGUGUGCCCUCAGUACCUUCUCAACCCAAAAGCGGUGUUUGUUGGAGGUGGUGGGGCACUAGAUUGCAACUGCAGACAGACAUCCCCUUAAAAGAUGUUUUAUAUAAUCUGCCCCUCGAAUAGUCAGUGAUCCAACAAGUUGAGAUGCAACUUGAAAAUGGGGAAAGAGCCAGUUUCUUUGAGAUCUUAUGCCCAUUCUUGCUUCAGUGGUGGGUCCUUUAAUGAUGUGUAGAACUUUGGCCCCGUGUAUAAAAUAAGGUGAAAGGCUGAGCGCUAGAGGCCUCCUGUGUUUGGAGGUUCAUUGAUAUUCGGCUUGAAGGA